AUGGCAGAAGGGAGGAGGAGAGAGCGGCGGAGGAGCCCACUCCUGUGGGCGGCAGGUAGUCGCCACGGAGGAGGGAGUGGGAAGUAUAUGGCGGGAGCGGAGGAGGGUCGGCAGCUGCUCCGGGAGCGGUCAGGGGGCGGGUGGGUAUGAAUGGAAGGCGGGGCAAGGGGUUGCUUAAGGGCCGAGGCUUCCCCUGCCUGCCUGGGAAGGGAAAUGGCUGCGGGGGGGGGGGCUGCUGGGGAAGGCGAGGCCGAGGCGCAAAUGUCUGGGGCGGGGCGCGUUUGGGGGGACCCCGUGGUGGCCACCUACUGCAGUUUUGGCGAAGGUCUGGGCCUCUUCUUGGCCAAGGGAGGAGUCUGAGGAAACGACGCCCACCCAUUGGGACGCACAGAGGGGCAAGCGGCACAUGGCACCUGCUGCCUGCUUGGCCAUAGAAUCAAGUGGCGGGGGUGUGUGUGUGACAAUGGGCAGCUGCCAUUCUCUCCAGCUUCUUCCCCAUUUCGGUUUUUGUGGGAAGUACAGUAGGUGAGGACGAGAGGCAGCUGUGGCUCUGCCCGCCUGUGGUUUUUUUUUAAAUCUUCCUCUCUCUGGGUGGGAUGGCAAGGAGGAUGGAGCCAGCAGGCCUGCCCAUAAAGAGCAGGUGGGCUGGGAAUGGCAACAGCUGAUCCAGCAAGGCCUCCUCUUGCUUGCUGUCUUUUGUUUCUUGGCCAGAGGUGACAUAGCGUUGAGGACUCUGGCUUUAUUUCUUCACUGUAAAGAGGAAGGGGAAGAUGUGCAAGAGGGGGAAGAGUUAGCAGUACUUUGCCACUCAGAGAGAGGGGGGGGGGGUGAACAAGCAAGCAGAGUUGUUCUUGCCUAUAUAUGCAUCUUGGUUUCUCAAGGAGACAGUGAGCGAGCAGGUAGAGCUUCCCAGGGAGAGAGGGCAAUGGUCAAGUGAUCAUCAAAUAUCCUGAAACAUUAAAACAGGUGGAACAUGGUUUGGGGUCCAUUAGAACUGGAGAGAAGUGAGACUUAGGUGGAAGCUAAUUGUAGGGGUGUUGUGGAGGUGGGAUAGACAAGAUAUGAACAGACAUUAGUAUGCAUAUGUGAGACCAAGAUAAACUCUCUUUUUUUGGUAGUUGCAGCAUUUAUUUUGGUAGUUGAUGCAUCUUUCGUGGAAGACUUAGAUGACUCGUAAGUAUGCAGUGUUUUUAUUGUAGAUGAUGACUUUAGACAUUAUUUGAAUCCAUAUAUCACAUGUAGAUGUUUUUCUGGUAUUCAUUGGCAGAUCACUUCAUGCAGCAUGCUCUUCUUACACAUGAGUAUGUUGCAGAGUCCAAAUGCAUAAAAGUCAGUCACCUAGUCAUGCACACAUGGACCUUCUCUGUGGUAGGAAACACAAAAGAAAAAUAAGAACCUAUAAUGUGUUCAAAAAGAAAUGGGGUUGUAGUGGGGGUGAGCUACAGAGAGGAGCAGGGAGGCAAAGUCCCUUUGUGCAAGCAGAAAUUCACUUGUUUGGUGUGAGAUUCCAUACAUAAUUUCUUGCCCACAUUGCUGAUAUUUAAGAGGAGAAAACUAAACACAAAUCAGAUGCAAGAAUGCUUCCUGGCACCUGACUGCCCUUGUGGAUCCUGCCACCCAAUGCUGUUUCCUCGCCUUGCCUCUAGAGUGGGUCCACUAUUUUUUAAAAAAAAUCACUUUGCUAGCAGCUGUGAAGCAUGUUGCAAUCUCCAGUGACACAGCAACAAACUGUCAGAAAAGUGCACACAAUGUGAAUGUCAAAUUGGGUUGGUAUUGCCCUUUCAGCAGUCUACCUCCACCAGCUGCUUGGUGCCAAUAAAGCUCAUCAGAAAUAUCUCAUCUCUUAGACACUUAGUUAAGCUGCUGACCCAACUUUCAGACUUGCAGAACAGUCUGGGCUCAGAUACUGGCUUCAUCAAAAUUGUUUCUCUGUCUGGUUUUGAGUUACAGGCAUCUAAAUAGCCAUGUUCCCUCUAUUAUUAUUAUUAUUAUUUAUUAAAUUUGUAUACUGCCCUUCAUCUGAAGAUCACAGGGCAGUUCACAACAUAAAAAUAAAAAAAUGAGAACACCAAAUAAUCAAACAAAAACAAACACAAACCAAUAGCCGCCAUCCCCAGCCCCCAAAACACAUAAGCAUUUCAGAUCAGGGCUGUGAAGCAGGGGAAUGGAAUUUAUAGCUUUUCUUUUUCCCAUUUUCCCUUUAAAAAUUGCCACCCCAAAUACUGCAUGUUAUAGUAUUUGUUGCUUGCAACUGCUUUUACAAGGGGGUGAGUGUGGGUGUGGGCACACAGGAUACUAGUUUCCUUAUCUUGCCUAGUUUGUCUGUAAUUUAAAUAUAGAAUCAUAGAAUCUUAGAGUUGAAAGGGACCCAAAGGGUCAUCUAGUCCAACUCCCUGCUAUUCAGGAAUCUCAGCUAAAGCAUCCAUGACAGAUGGCCAUCUAACCUCUGUUUAAAAACCUCCAAGGAAGGAGAGUCCACCUCUCGUGGGAGUCUGUUCCACUGCUGAACAGCUCUUACUGUCAGAAUUUUUUUCUAAAUGUUUAGUCGGAAUCUCCUUUCUUGCAACUUGAAGCCAUUGGUCCUUUCAUCCAGAGCAGGAGAAAUCAAGCAUGCUCCCUCCUCCAUGUGACAGCCCUUCAUAUAUUUGAAGAUGGCUAUCAUAUCUCCUCUCAGUCUCCUCUUUUCCAGGCUAAACAUACCCAGCUCCUUCAAGCACUCAUAAAGCUUACCUUCCAGACCCUUGAUCAUCUUGGUUGCCCUCCUCUGCACAUGUUCCAGUUUGUUAACAUCCUUCUUAAAUUGUGGUGCCCAGAACUGGACACAGUAUUCAAAGUGUCGUCUGACUAAGGCAGAAUAGAGUGGUACUAUUACUUCCCUUGAUCUUGACACCAUAAUUCUGUUCAUGCAGCCUAGAACAGGGUUAGCUUUUUUUUGCUGCAUCAUUUUAUAUUUGUUUGCUCUUACAGUAAUGAAGACCCAACUGAAAUACAUUUGACUGGUUAAAAAAAAUAACUUGUUCUUACAGUUGUAAUUUUAAGUUUGAUUUAUAUUGCAUAUAUCUUGCAGAUUGCAUGCUGCACUUUUACAUAUUAAAACACUUUAGAAAUGGAAGAAAUGGACUGUAAAGUAACAUAAUAGACAAAGUAAAUGUUGUGAGCUGUAUAUAUAGACUAUGCCAACAAAAUAGUGAUGUAGCGGUUGUUUACCUUUAUAGAUAUCAGAUAACUAAUCUGUAAUUUGUGUUGACAAAUAAUUAGUUGACCUUAAUCGCAUGCUCAGAAGUAUCAUAUCCCUGGAACAUGUUAACCCAUUUUAGCUUUUUAAGCCUCUUACAAAUUAUUUAAGACCUAUUAAUUUUGGUGGUGGUUGCUACUAUUACUAAUAAUAAUAAGCAUAUUUUCUUGUAUUGCUUAAGUGCAUAGGUAAAAACAUUUUUAGUGUGGUCGUCGAUAUUUGUGAUCUAUUGCUAGUCCACACAAUAAUGGUUAUCAUGAAGGAUGGGAAUGAUUUAUAUUCUGUUAACAGCAAGGUAUAAAAGAGUCUUCAGUAGUAAAAACAAGCUUUUCUCUUGCUUUUGUAUUAUUUUAAUAAAAUGCAAAAUACUUGUCAAGCAUAUUUAAUCAGUUAUGCUUCUUUCUUAGGUUUAAAGAGAACCGUAAAGAUGACAUUUGGCUUGUAGAUGUGAGUAUAACAGCAAAAAAGCAAAACAAACAAACCCCACACCACAAAACUAUUCAAAAACAAAUUUUAUCUCUGUUUUAAAAAAGCUUCUACAUUCAUGCUUAUCUUAAUUUCCACGGAAGAAAAAAAUAAGUUAUAAAUACAAUACAAUACAAUGAUUUACCGUAUUUUUCGCCCUAUAGGACGCACUUUUCCCCCUCCAAUAAUGAAGGGGAAAUGUGUGUGCGUCCUAUGGGGCGAAUGCAGGCUUUCGCUGAAGCCUGGAGAGCGAGAGGGGGGGGGGCGCACCGACCCUCUCGCUCUACAGGCUCGCGGACCUCUCCGCAAACAGCGGGAGCGCUCCCGCUGCUUGCGGAGAGGUGCCGGCAUGCCAAAGCCUGCGCGCGCUGAGAUCAGCGCGUCCAGGCUUCGCGGACCUCUCCGCAAACAGCGGGAGCGCUCCCGCUGCUUGCGGAGAGUUGCCUGCAUGCCGAAGCCUGCGCACGCUGAGAUCAGCGUGUCCAGGCUUCGCGGACCUUUCCGCAAGCAGCGGGAGCCAGCGCUGGGCUCCCACGGCUUGCAGAGAGCUGCCUGUUUGGGGGCUGGGGUCGGGGGAAGCUCGGUCCUCCCCUGCCCCAGCCCCGCGCCUGGGGGGGGGGAAAUAAUUUUUUCCCCUUCAUUUCCCCCCCCAAAAACUAGGUGCGCCUUAUGGGACGGUGCGUCCUAUAGGGCGAAAAAUACGGUAUACUUAUCAGGAAUGGAUUCUUAUAAUACAUGAGGGUUUAAUGUAGGUACUCGUUGCUGUGUGGCCCUAAUAAAAAAGAUUCCAUUGUUGAAAAAUCUGGAGUACAAAUGUUAAUUAUGUUGAUGGGCAGAUAAACUCUUUGUAAUGAUAUGAUAACCCAAGAAUUGCUUUGAUUCAAGUUGAUUGCAUACAAUUUUGCUUUGCAUGUGUGUUGUAUCAUAUAUAAAAAAUAGUAGUGAACAAUAUGCUACACUACUGCACAUUGAAGUAUUACCUGGACAGCACUGUUAAUAUGCAGCAUUUUAAAGACAUAGAUACAUGAAAUUUUUGUUCGCUUUUAUUUAUUUUUUCAAUUAGUGUAAUUUUUGUUGAGUUUUUAAUUUUCAGAAUAAAUGUCCUGUAACUGAAUUGAUACUCUACUAUCUAAGCAGAUACUGGAAGAAUUCAUUUUGUUGUAGAAGUGUAAUGAUGAGCAAACUCAAAAUGUACUGCUAAAUAAACAAAUUUUGUGCACAUUUGAGAAAUGUGGUAGUUUCCAUCUGUCCCCAUGGGUGGUUUCAUAUACAAGUACAUGUUUAAUAGUUUCUCCAAAGACUUCACUGGCUAUGCUUAUUUUUGUGUGUGUAUGUUCUCAGUUUUAUGCACCAUGGUGUGGCCAUUGCAAGAAGUUGGAACCGGUGUGGAAUGAAGUUGGUAAAGAGAUGGGAAGCACUGGUUCACCAGUCAAAGUUGGGAAGAUGGAUGCAACUUCUUAUUCUAGUAAGUGCUUUAGUUAGGUCUUCUGAUCUGUGUUAGAAUUUAUACUCUUUGAAAGUAACAUGAAAGCCAGUAAGUUAACCAAACACAUAUAAGCAAAUUCAGUGUUGGUCCAAAGCUCAGUGGGGAAAUUGGCAUGGCCUCUUGGCCUCUAUUCUUUCAUGGAAGGAUGCUCAUCAUCUGACAGCCUGUUCCUAUAGAAAUAGGAUUAUAUAUGCAACAGUUUGUAUGUUAUAAAAUUGUCUGCUGCUGUUUGUUUGCCACUACAAGAAAUGCCAGUAAUACGUUUUUGAAUAUUGUAAUUGUAUUAAUUAAAAAUGCCCUUUUAAAUGCUUGGUUAUACUACUGUUUGUUUGUAGGCAUUGCCUCUGAAUUUGGAGUUCGAGGCUAUCCAACAAUUAAACUGUAAGUAGAAUUUUGUGUCUUGUAUAUUAAAACUUUAGUGCUUUGUAGUAUCAUUAGUGUCUCUUGUGCAAAGUGUUCCAUUCUGAUGUAUUGGACCAUUAUUUAAGUUUCUUCUUUGUUCACCACUCCUGAUUCACCUAAAAGCUAACUGAUGUUGUGAGGAACAUCAUCGCUGCUUAGCUGGCCCUCCCACUGCAGUAAGGCUAUUGAAAUACGUUGCUACUGUGUGUUCAUAAAAUGUGAGCCCUGGGUUGAACUUUUUCCAGUUAACUGUAUGUGCUAAAAGUAUUGCAGCACCUGAAAUAUUCAUCCAAGAUGUUGACUAUUAUUUUACGUAGGUUAAAGGGUGAUUUGGCAUACAACUAUAGAGGACCCAGGACCAAAGAUGAUAUUGUUGAGUUUGCAAACAGAGUAGCAGGGUGAGUAUUUAUAGCGUCAGUUUUGUAUGGCGUGUGGAGUGAAGAGUAUGUGGCAACAGUUGAAUGUGGGUGACUUAGCCCAUGGUACACUAUACAAGCAAAGUGGCUUAAUGUCAUAAGACAAUUGAUUACAGUAUGCUGAGGUAGCUCAUAAUUCUAUUUCAUAAUACAUAAAUAUAUGUAUAUAGAAAGAGUGAUUCUGUGAAGUGACAUCUUGACUUCUAAAAUCCAUCCAAGUAAUGUGUUUAAUCUAGCAUGCAUGCAUGAGCCCUUGAAUCUGUUGCAGGUAUCAUAUUCCACCACCCCCAUGCCUCUCUAAACCGUCCUUUAGUUUUCUUUACAAAGCCUUUAGAUUUCAGUCUUACAAACUGUUCACAUAGCUCAGCCCAUGAAUAUCCUGGUCUUGACAGGCAGUAUGAUUACAUGAAAAGAUUUGUCACCCAAAGCCGCUUGUUUAAUAAGUUAUUAAUAUAUGUGCUUGUCAUUCCAAGGUCAGUUCCUUCUUAUUCUGUCAGAAGGAGGGGGGAGAUCUUUGUUGUUGUUCCAGAAAAUUUGUGAGAUAGAAAAAUUAAGCUACAGUUGUUGAUUAACUGUCAGUUAAUAACAGCACUUUUUCCAGACAUCUCUUCUGUGCCUUAGUCGGUAGUAACCUAUAGUUGUCACAAGACGUUAAGAUAAAAUUUAGCCACCUUAUUUCACCUUAUUGUGAUGUCUGCAUGGAACUAUUUGGACUUUAGCAGCUAUUUCUUUAACAAAUGCCUGUGAUCAAUUCCUAGAAGUCUUACAACAUCUUGAAAAACAUAGCUAUCAUAGUAGGAAACGCUGGGAGAAAAUACAUCUAACAACAUGAUGAAAUUACACUACAGUUCUUAAUUAAGUCUUUAAAAUGUUUCUAUAUUGACUUCAGUAGUGAUGCAACUAUAGAACACAGUUGCUGAACUGGAAAGCUGGGAUAGGAUGAUGUAACAUUUCCUAAUAAUUAUUAGAUGCUAGAUGCUAGCAGGAUUUCCCUUCCCCCAUUUUAAAAAACAAGUCUUUAUUUUGCUUGGUCAAGGCAAAUGUUCACUAAUGAUUUUCAUGUGUUCUCCUCAGUUUCUAAACACUUAGAUAAUUUCUUAGUGUUGUCAUCUGAUACUUGAAAGUGCAUCCUUUUAAAAAAUGAAAAUAAAGGUUUUUGGUGGAUAAUGCCACUACAUGAGGUUAGCACAUUGUAGUUGAUUCCCUACCUCCCACCCCAAUGUCCACAUAUAGAAAUAUGUGUAAGUGUUGAAAUAUUUACAAGAGAAGACAAACUGGUGUGAUUCAGCACUCCUGUAUUGAGUUCUCAUUGGUCUUAGAUUUAAAGUUGUUUAAAAUUAUCAGUACAGUACUCAGAGACAGCAAUUGGAAGCUGCUUUUCUUGCUCCCAUUUAUCUGUUUUCUUUAUUUUAUUCUUCAGGCCUAUUAUUCGACCCCUCCCUAGCCAGCAGAUGUUUGAACAUGUGCAAAAGAGGCAUCGUGUAUUUUUUCUUUACAUUGGUGGAGAAUCUCCACUGAAGGUUUGAAACUUCAUUUAUAUUAUUGUUUGCUGAUUCCAAAAGAGUAUUACGUUUUAAUGCAUGCUUCCUAAGAUUGUUCUGGUAGCUGGCAUCUCAACCCUAAGUAAUUUCACCAAAUCUGCAAGGGUACUUAAAGUUGCAGCUUUGGGAAAAUAAAUAAAUAAAUAUAUUUAGUGCAGUGAGGUAGAUAUAUUUAGAUUCAUAGAAUUGUAGAGUUGGAUUUAAUGAUGCUAUGAUGAGAGAAAUCAGUGUUAUUCCCUUGAAGAAGAAGAUUCCUAGAAACUGAGUUGUUAAUCUCCUGGAAGUACAAAAAUGGGUCUGUGGAUUGUGCCUCUGGGAUUUCAUACCAUAACUUACCCUGCAAAUUGGAGGAAUGGUGUGGGAGGGAAUGGACGAAUAAGAGUGCUACUGCUGAUGCAUGACAUCAUGAGGAUCAGCUGGCAGUAGACAGACACAUUGACAUAGCAUGACUAUGUUGAGACACAGUCACAAGUACUUAAGGCCAGGGUUGGGAACUUGAAGCCUAAGGUCUUGAUGUUGCUUUCAGAUUAGUUAUGUGGGGACUGUGGGGAGCAGAGAGGAAGAGAAACAUGAGGGGAAAGGAAGGGGAAGCUAGAAUAAAUGGAGAGAUGAGAAAUUUAAAAAUUUCCUCUGCAAGUGAUCAGUAGCCAUAUGCUAAGAGUGAUCUGUCCCUUCUCCGGCAGCCUCCUGGGAAGCAAGGAUGGGUGAGAGAAAGGAAAGGCUGUUCCUCUAUGACUUCAGGCCCCCAACACCAGCAUGCAGCUCUCAACCCAAAAAGGUUCCUUGCCCCUGCUUUGGUGAAUGAGGAACCAAUAUUUAGCAGUGAAAUAAGCAACAUUGUAUUUUUGUUUUGCUAUGUUUAUUAUGAAGAUUGAGAAACUGUUUUAAAAUGUCUAUUUGUAUUUCCACAGGAAAAAUACAUAGAAGUUGCUUCCGAACUAAUUGUUUAUACCUACUUUUUUUCUGCCUCAGAAGAGAUACUUCCUGAGGUAAAUUUAUUCAAGAAUGUAUGUAAAUAAACACUGGUAGAUUACCGUUAAAAAUGUUUGAGGUGGUGGUGGGGUGUUUUCAUGUUUUGUUUUGUUUUGUUUUGUUUUGGUAUGCUUUACAUGAAUGCAAGUAAGAGUUGUCAUUUGAAGUCUUUCUCCGCAAUCGGAAAUGAGCCAUUUAGGUGUGACAAUGCAAUAUGUCCAGUUACGGCUUUGUGAAGUAGCCACAGCUGGUAAGGCAAGGCACUGUUAAAUUUCAGCUCCAUUGGCUGUGGAAUCAGCACCAUCUAAAUUUAAAAAGAGACUCUUAUUGGGCACACAGUUUGGUUGCACAUGUUCUGUUUAGGUCUGUCUUUCCUUGAGGUCUUUGGAAAGGGGGAUGGGGCUGAUUCCGGUUCUGAUUUUUCUUUGUGUGCAAGGUAGACAUGGAGCUGUUGGGAGUAUAAUUCUGUCAUGUUCUUGUUGCUACUUGACAAGGGAAAAUGGAAACAGAACAGCUUCAAUCACCCAAUGGGAGGCCGUGGGUGAUGAAAGUGAUUUGUAGAGGAUAGGAUAGUAACGUUUACUUAAAUUAUUGGAGAUUGCAAUGGUAAGGCUGGAAUUUAACAUCAUGUCUUGCCAGACAGAACAGUCUCCCUUCUCCUCCUCCUGCAUGCUGUUCUGUGGGUUCUCCUAACACACCCAAGUGGAUUUGUGGGAUCAGGAGUGUAGGAGCGAAAGCCUCAUUGCUCUAGUGAAAGCCUUUGCAGUGACUUUCGCUAGCACACCUGGUUAGUGGAAACUGGUCCUAAGCCUUCUCGAUAAUAUUUUGUAUCAUUCUCUCUCUGUCUCUGUGUAUAUGUAUAUGUAUAUGUAUAUGUGUAUAUAUAGAGAGAGAGAGAGACCCAGUUUUCCUUUACAGUUAGUGUUGCUCAUUCACAAAUCUAUGCUGUAGUGCAGUUAAGAUAGUUAGAUCUCUCUGAUCCUAGUUUGCAUUCUGAUGCAAAAAGAAGUUUAAAAGAUGCACCCUAUACUAGUUAUAUUUGGGGAGGAAAUGUAAAUACUUUACCAGCCCACUUUAAUACUAUACAAAGAUUUUUUAAAAUGUGAUUUUCCCCAUUGUGCUGUCAUUGUUUUGGGUGGCAGAUGUAUUAUAAGAGUUAGAUCCUCUCAUGAAGAUGACCACAGUGGUGGUGGUAAGGUUCAAGGUAAAGUUCAAAAGACAAUUCCUUGCAUUUUUAUUCUUUGGCAGCAUAGCUGCAUUAUUUCAUAUGUGUGUGUGUGUGUGUGUGUGAGAGAGAGAGAGAGAGAGAGAGAGAGAGAGAGUGAGAGUCACUAGUAUACCUUUAGGGCUUGGUGCACAAAAAGCAAUGAGGCUAUUUUCAUGUACACAAGGCAUCAUCUAUUGUCUCUGCUGGCUUGCAGUUUGUCCCACUUUGUGCUAUUUUUUUUUACUAUCCUCAGGGUUUCAAACUGCAAAAAAUAGGGACAAUAAAAUUUUAAAUUAUCUAGAGAAUAAAAGAACUAAGGCCAAAAUCCCUUUAAAAAACAGGUUCUCAUUUUUAAUAGGAAAAGUACACCAUGCUUUUACACUAGAAUUUUUCUAGAAGUGUCAAGAACACCUUACUUGAACAUAGGCAUUGUAUAUCUAUGAUAUAGCAAACAAAAAUCUUAACAUUUAUUCACCAGCUAGCUUUGUUAUGUAAUACACAAACCUUUUAAUCGUUACAGAUACUAAACUGGAAAAUCAAAGCUAAAUUUCUGAUUUGUUGAAUAACUUGAGCUAUAAAAGUACAGUGGUACCUCAGGUUACAUCCGCUUCAGGUUACAGACUCCGCUAACCCAGAAAUAGUACCUUGGGUUAAGAACUUUGCUUCAGGAUGAGAACAGAAAUUGCGCGGCAGCAGCAGGAGUUCCCAUUAGCUAAAGUGGUGCUUCAGGUUAAGAACAGUUUCCGGUUAAGAACGGACCUCCGGAACAAAUUAAGUACGUAACCAGAGGUACCACUGUACAAAAAUAAAAUUUCCUCAUAUCCAACCUCCUUUCUUAAUAGAACAUUUCUGCACACAGUUUAUUUUUUGGUAUUGUCAGUUUUCUCCUUCAAAAAUGUUGCCUAUCUUUUAUGUCAUCCAACUGGGGAAAGAGAUUGGGAAGAAUAUCUGCAUCAGAGGUGCAUGGUCAGUGUAUUAGGUUGUGAUGCUUACUCUUAAUUUUAUGUAUGACUUACAAUUUAUAUCCUGCCUUUCUGCAUAUAGCACCCAAGGCAGCUAACAAAUGAAAAAUGUAAUGAGCCCAAAUAACAGAAUGAGAAAGCAAAUAGAACCCAUUAACCAGACAAAGAAACCAACAGAUGUAACUUUUUAAUUUACAGGUCAUCUUAAUAUAUUUUGAUGUGACGUCAGCUUGACAAGCCAAUGCUAAUUUAAAAUUAAAAUCUUCACCUGUUUAAAGAGAGACAUUAAAGAGGGUGGUGAUGUAGGCAUCUCUAGGCAGGAGAUGCCAUGGUGCUUUUCUUUUCUUUUUUUACACCUUCACACUGUUUGUUUUUAUUCAGUGACUUUGUGUUUUAUGAAUAUUUAUAAGCCACUUCAUAGUCUAUAACUGAAAAGUAGAAUCAAUAAAAAAUGGAAAAUAUAAAUGUAUCCUGAAAGUUUCUUUGUGCCAUUAAAGUGUUUGGUUUAUCUUUUUUAUCUUUCAGUAUGUGACACUCCCUGAGAUGCCAGCUGUUAUAGUUUUCAAAGAUGGAACUUAUUUUGUGUAUGAUGGUAAGUUAUAGAUCAAGAGUAAUAUGUCAGUAACAGGUAACAGAUUCCUCCCCCUGCAUUUUAAGGAUUCUAGCCCUAAUACGUCUCAGUCUAGAUGCUGUUACAUACUUCUCAAAAAUAUCAAAAUGUGUGUUGAUUGGGCACAGUCUUUGAUAAUUUAGAGAUGUAAAAGCAGUGCCAUGCCGGCUCAAACUGUGACUGGCAUCUCUGUCAUGUGCUUCAAAGUAGGUUGCUCCUCGUAUUUAUUAAUUAUAAACAGGCACUCUGUAAGUUUCAGUUGUGCACAUGGUGCUUUGCUAGGCCUGGUGUAUAUUUUAAUUCCCUCCCACAGGUUUUCUUUUCCAGUUGACUUGGGAUUCUAUAGCUGUUCUGGGGGUCCCUUCCCAUUAAUAUUUUUACCUGAAGUUGUUGUUGGUCUGGUAGUUCUACAAAAUUUGAAGUUCCCCAAAGUCUGCUGACACCUCUUUCUUCUUCCUGGAUGUUGCCACUUUGGUUACAUGUGGUUUUGGAUUCAGACCUACUCUUCCAUGAAUGGAAGGGCUCCUUCCGUUUAUGGAAACGAGUCAGAUCCAGUAGAGGCUGCAUCUUCUUACUGAAACUCACAUUGACAGAACAGGGAAACGGCUAUUUGGGUUGUUGUCACUUAGCUGCACCACCUGCUUUGAAGAGUACCUCAAUCCUCUGCAGUGGAUUAUAAGGGGGGCCGCCAUUGAGUGGAACAAUUGGCUGUUUUUUGCCUACAGAAUAAUCCAUUUUUGAGUUCCACUCUGAGCAAUUUUGAGUCCAAACAGUAGACUGACACUUGGAGAAACAGUAUGCUCUUAGUUUGUCCAACCAGUAGAUCGCGAUCUACCGGUAGAUCCCCGGCUGAUCCUCGUAGAUCGCAGGAUCCUUAUUGUGUACAAAAAGUUACGGGGGGAAAGCUAAAAAAACUCUGUGCAGUCCUCCCUCUGAAAAGCUCAACAACUCUGGGCACUUCCCUCCUAAAAAACGCUCAACAACUCUGGGCAAUCCACCCACCCCACACACGCUCCUCCUCCCUCCAAUGACAAUGGGUAGAUCACUGCCAGUUUUUUUAUACUGGGAGUAGAUCACAGUCUCUUGGGCGCUGGACAUGCCUGGUAUAUAUGAUAGUGUUAGAAGAAGGCAUGAGCAUUUUAUUUUUUCUUUCACUUUUUCUUUUUCUUUUUAAAGAAUAUGAAGAUGGUGAUUUGUCAUCCUGGAUAAGCAAGGAGAGAUUUCAGGGGUAUCUUAAUGUUGAUGGAUUUACUCUGUAUGAACUUGGAGACACAGGUAAGAUGACCUUCCUUCAGAACUUUAUUGUACGUUACGUUAACACUUUUGUAUGUAAAGUCAGCUGCAAUUUAAAAAAGCUGCUUUAUGUUGUCCUAUGCCUGGGAAACAUCAAAGGAUUUUAUGGAAUAUGGAUUUUCCACUGAUGCAUGUCCCUUCUUCAGAUCCUACUUGAAUGAAGCCAAACAUUCACACCACUAUUAUUGCUAGUAAUCAGCACUCUUCAAAACUCCCUUCCUAUGGAAAGCUAAAUCUAGGCUAGAACUCCUCUCCCAGACAUGAUAUCUUUCUGUGGGCAGCAAAUUUUAGUCUUGUAAUCCCCCACAUAUUUUGAAAUGGGACAGUUCUCCUGUAACAGUAACCUACUUGAACAAUGAAUUAUUAUAGGUGAUAGGCAUUGUGUAGGACACACACAGAAUAGCUUCAGAAGAAAGUUUAAUAGUAGUGAUGGAGUUUCCAACUUAAAUAUUCUGCUCCGUGUCUUCCAUCAAGGUAUGUUGUAGUUUGUGUAUCUGUAAGACCUUUCCAUUUGAGAAAGUGCUUUGUGGUUGGGGAUGAGUAGUGUUUUAUUUUCAGUAGCAUUUUCCAUUUCUGGAGCAUAUGGCAAUGCUUUUUUUUUAUAUAUAAAAAAAUAAUGGUUACAAAAUAGCUGUUCUGUUUUCUUUGGGGAUGGGAAGUUACUUAAAUAAGAAGCAUCUUUCUGUAGACAUAUCCUAAAUUUAGUUCUAUGUCUUUUGCUUUUUAGGAAAACUUGUGGCUAUUGCAAUUAUUGAUGAUAAAAACACUUCUGUUGAACAUAUAAGGUAUGUUGGUGUGUAUACGUGAUAAAACAUAACAAACCAUUUAGAAACUGACACCUCUUGAAUACUGCAUGAACCCUUCUCCAAUCCCUAACUUGUCCAUUGUUGGACUACGUUAUUUAAAGACUAAUAUAAAAGGAAGCUGCACAUCAAAAACAAGCCAUAGGUUUAUUCAGAUAUUAUUAAUAAAAGGAAAAGGGUAUGGUCCUAUGUAUAGUUACUUGGAAUUAAGUCCCGUUGAACUCACCAUUCAUGGGAUCAGGUUUCCCUUUUCUUUCUUACCCGCCAAUUAUUUUUAUUGAUUUUCCAAAUUAUUACAAAUUAAACCAAAUUAAUUUAAUUUAAUACAAAUUCAUUUUUUUAAAAAAACUGGUUUCCUAUCCUGUUACAAGCUAUGUCCAAGAUGCAUCUCCACUGCUCCAUCCAUUGUCGCUUCAGUCUCUAGCUGACAUCAUUUCACUUGCUAUUGUUGUCCAUUCAUUCAGCUGCCCUUUUUAUCACCCUUUUAAUCAGAUAGGAUUGAGCUGUAUGUCAUACAUAUGAAGCUUCUGUAUUGAAGGGCACAGACAAAUACAGUCAUACCUUGGUUGUCAAACGGAAUCCGUUCCGGAAGUCUAUUCAACUACCAAAAAUGUUUGAAAACCAAAGGGCGGCUUCUGAUUGGCUGCAGGAGCUUUCUGCACUCAAUCGGGAGCUGCGGAAGCUUCCAAAGAACGUUUGCAAACCAUAACACUUCCAGGUUUGUGGCGUUUGGAAGCCAAAACGGACAAGUACCAAGGCAUUCAACAACCAAGGUCCGACGGUACUCAAAUAGUAUGUAGUGAGUGGCACAAAACUGAGUAGAAUCUGGAUUUCUUGUAUAUCAGGAGCCAUGGAGCAGUCUAGAUGUAAUGACCAUACCGUUCCUUGGUCUUCAUAAACAGGCUUUAUGCUUAGGUACUCCCUUCUUAUCUCCAUGGCCCAAUGUGUUUCAUUGCUGAAUGUACAGCAAUGCUGUACAAUGCCAUUGCUGAAUAGAUUCUGUUUAUAUUUGUGGAAAUACUGUGAAAUGUUUCUUUUUACAGGUUGAAGUCUAUUAUGCAGGAUGUUGCCAAAAAUUAUAGAGACCACUUUCAUAGGUACAUGCAUAUAUUUAAUCACUUGUUAAUUGUUCCUAAUCGUGUGUUAAGUGGGUUGAAUAAAUACUGCAAAUUUUGACUGUGACAGUUAACAACAAAUCCAUUCUUAAAGCUAGGUAAUCUUAAGACUAUAUACACAAAUUGUCCAAAUUUAGGAGAAAAGUGGAAGAAACUAAGCUUUAGGGAUUGCGUACAUUUUGAAAAUGUGUGUGUGCUACAUUUUCUUUUAAAAAAGACUUUUAAAAUACCCUAACACAUGUAUGUCACACAUUUGCUCUCUGGCAGAGCACCUUCUGAUGUCAAGAUAGAAUAGAAACUAGGUUCUUCAUUGAAAAAGUAUACAUUCACAAAUAACUGUAAUGAGAAAUAAGUAAUACUGAGAUGGAAAAGCUCUUCUGUUUUAUUAGAUCUCUAAUAUGUGUGCAGAUCGGUUUACCAUAUUGACAUCAAUUUAAGCUGCAAUUAUUAGCCAUUUGAAAAUACAAAUAUUAGCUCAUGCAGAGCAAGAUACUUUUGCCUUUUUUAAGCUUUCAGAUAUAUGAACAGACUGCCAGAUCCUUAAUGGUUGUAGCUAGAUGUUUAUCCUGGCACUACUUUUCUGAGAAUAGUUUCCUGGUCCAAAGGGACCAAGGUACAGGAGAUAGCAAAGCUGUACAACAAUGUUGCUACCCAUGGGUUUUGUUCAACUAAGGGCAGCUCUUCUGGAGGUUGUAAAUUACUUGUGCACAAAUGAUGAAGUGUUAGAGUGGUUUAGGGGAAUGCAGAAGCAAUCUAAACAACUCACCUUUUUAUCUAAGACCGUGCAUUCAACAUUUACAUUUUCUGCUGGGACAGUUAAAUUCUUUACCAAGAAAAAGGAAAUGUGUAGAAUUAUUCUCUUUUUGUGUACCCCAUAUUCGGUUCUUAAUUUUUAAUUCUGUUCUUGUUAGUUGUGGGGAGGGGCAAGGGGUUGUGCUAGUAGGCACUGGAGUGCCCCUCUCACAUUCCUGGCCACCACUAGUGAUAUUGUUUGGCCUGUCCAGGUUCUUAGGAUCCAAUAAUUCACAAGGGUAUAAGAUCCAACUGUUUAAACAAAAUAUGCACACAGUCCCUUGCUUCUGCCUAGCUAUGGGUUGCAUCCAAUGCUCUGUUAGCAGAGUUCUGCUUGCACAUCGAGACUUCCAUUUCCUCUCUUCCCCCUGUGUAUUCACAAAAUCUGCACACAUAGGAGAGGAGGAAGAAAGUGUGUUGUGUGAGCAGAGCUGCAGCACUGGAUAUGACCCUGUGUUAGCAAGUCCUCCUCACAAAUACAGUUGCUGAAAUUAGUCCAUUUUUUAUAAUUUGAAGUAACUACCAUACACAAGAUUCUAGCAGUGGAUAAUUCAUGGAAGUAGAGCACCUGACCUCUUAUACACUGCUUUGUAAGAGUUGUACUGAAGAGUGGUUUGUAACUAAAAUGAAUGGAUUGGAUACUGCUUUAGAACUGUCUGUUUAUUGUCCACAUUUUCCACUUAGCCAAGAAAAUAUAGUGGAAAUAAAAGUGCAGAAAAGCAUAAAAUGUGAUUAAUUGCCAUGAUCUAUAUUAAGAGGAGAGUAUCCCUAGAACUCUGAAAAGGAAUAAGCAUGUUAGGAGUGAUAAUACAAAAGAACUUUUUGUUGUGGGUUUCAUGCUAUCUUUUCACUAAGUCACACACCCCUUAAAUCAGGAUCCCUAAUUCCCCCACUCCCCAUGGGUUGGUGAGACCGCCCUAAUAACAAAAUGAUCACUGUGGUAACAGUAACUUCCUUUGAAGACACACUUUCACUGCCGGUCAGCUGAUUGGCUCUGGGAGCAGACAUUCAAAGGAGCUUGCUGUAACUGCUGAUCAGCAGUUGCAGCAAAUCUGUUUGGGAGAAGCAGUUUCGAUUCAAACCGCUGCCUCCAAAUGAGGAACCUCCAAGUUUGCCUCCAAGUUCUCCAAAUAUAGAUGGAUACAACUUGCUGUCAUUUUUUUAAAGUUAGGUUUAAUUAACAAUUUGUAUUUUGACUCUUCACAGGAGCUUCCAGUUUGGCCAUAUGGAUGGUAAUGAAUACAUGAAUAGUUUACUAAUGGAGUAAGUAUGUUUUUGAGAUUUCAUGCUAUUAAUAUCAUUUGUGUAGUAAGGUUUUUAUUUUGAAACUCUGUUCUUGUGUUUGCUGUAAGUAGGUUACAAAUAUCUGUAGAAAGAGAGCAUAUAAACUUGGUAGAUAUGUGAAAGUUGGUUUUGCACAGUGUAAGAUGAGAUACUCUGCCCAGUGAUUGCCUUCACAAGAAUGGAUUCAGCAUGUUCCCUCCAUGGAAUCACUGUGAACCCUGGAAAUUUAUCAUAUGAAUUGUCUGUGCCAAAGUUACACACUUGUCCUAAUUUUAUGAUUUGUACUGUUUUGUGUGCGUUUGCAUUUGUGUUUAAAAUAAAUAGCACUUGGAUAUGGCCCUUCAAUAUGCAAUAAAACCAUUUUACUUUUAAAGAGAACAUUUCAUUAUAUAUAAAACCUAGAUAUUUAAAUUUUGUAUAUAACUUUUUCCACUAGAUGGCAGGAUGGGAUAGUAAAUGGAGAGAGAAAAGGCACAUAAAUGAGAGCUGAACAUGAAAUACACACACACACACACACACACACACACACACACACUGAUUGAGGCUUAUAUAUACUGUGAAAUGAUUACACACCAUUAAGGAGAAAAACAUAUUAGGAACUUACGACUUUGUUUUACAUGCUUGAUGGAUUUUGAAUUUCAGCUAUUGUUGCUGAGCUUUUGUGGCCUAGAAGAGGCGUAUAAAGCUCUCAAAUCUCUCUUUGAGAGGAUUCAGAAGGGCAGCUCCGGGUUGUGUUCCAUUGUUUCAGCAGAGAAAUAACCCUUAUUGUUCCUGAAUAGAGGCUCAAAUUACACCAAAGCUUAAGGCUUCGAAGAUUACAUCUGUCUGAUACCUAUGUUUCCCAGUAGAAAUGAGGCCAUUCCUGCAGAUCAGGCAUGUCCAACCGGUCGAAAGCUCAACAACUUUGCUGAAGGCUCCCCCUAAAGCUCAACAACUUUGGUCAAUCCAAUGGGUAGAUUGCCAGUUUUUUUAUAGUGGGAGUAGAUCGCAGUCUCUUGGGAGUUGGAUAUGCCUGCUGUAGAUAAUGAGAAACCAUGCUUAGCUCUCCUUGGCUUGGUCCACUUGACAAAUUACAAUAUUAUUCCAAAUGUAGCCUGUAGAUAUAGUUGGCAAAAGACAUGCUGCUGGAGACUAUAGCAAAUGGUACUUUUGGGCAUGUUGUAGAAGUUAGUAGCUAGCUACAGUGGCAGUCUAGGGGAAUCAGAUUUCUGUCUAUCAAGGUUGUCUUCAUUCUGCUCUAUAUACCAUGACUUGCUGGCUACUAGUAUAGUCUUCGAAAGCACGUCAAAGUGCAAGUAGAUAAAUAGGUACCUUCCGGCGGGAAGGUAAAUGGCGUUUCUGUGUGCUGCUCUAGUUCGCCAGAAGCGGCUUAGUCAUGCUGACCACAUGACCCGGAAGCUGUCUGCAGACUAACACCGGCUCCCUCGGUCUAUAGAGCGAGAUGAGCGCCACAACUCCAGAGUCGUCCGCAACUGGACCUAAUGAUUAGGGGUACCUUUACCUUUACCUUUAGUGUAGUCUUGUCCAGAUUCACUUGUCGUAUCUGCUGUCCCCCCUCAUUGUUAAGCAUUGGGAAAGUGGACUAUGAAACCUUUGUCAGAAGCAAGAUGGUUAAAGCUGAACCUUGUAUGAUAUUUCAGUGUCCUAGGAAUGUGGCAAAUACUCCACUACCACCACCUCAUUUGGUCUUCCUGCAAGAAAUGAGUUGAAUCACUUGUUCAGAUACUAUAGAUAGGAUAGUUGCAAAGUCAAGUUGCCAAGAAGCUUUUAUAGUUCUUAGGUGCUCUAUUAAUAAAUUGAAUGCUGAUAACUGAUAGCUUUUUUCUUUUUUUAGUUCCUGACUUGUUCGAUUUUACUGUUUCAGUGAUCUGAAAAUUCCCACUAUAGUUGUAUUGAACACAUCCAAUCAACAGUAUUUCCUACCUCAUAAAACUAUUGAGAGUACUGAAGAUAUGGUUCAGUUCAUUAAUGAGAUCCUGGAAGGCACUGCAGAAGUAAGCCUUUCUCUUUUAUUCAAAAUCUCUUUAACCAAUUCUUGAACUGCUCAAAGACCUAACAGUUUGUUGGCUAUCUUACCUCAUUUCUGUUUUCUGAUUUGAAUGUGCAGUACCAAUGUUCCUUGAAAAACAAGAGUCGCUGGAAAGAACUAACAUUAGAGACAGCCUGGGGACAGGUCCUUGCAAGGGACCCCAAGAAUGUCACAAGAAAAUAAUUUUCCCCUUCAAUGGAAAAACAUUAUAUAUCAGACUUCAUGGUGAAGAAAGGUGGAUGCAAGCUGAAAUAUAAUUGACUAGUUCUAAUGCCUGUUUUUACCUUUGAAAUUUUAGGCACACGGUGGAGAUGGAAUUCUUCAACGGAUCAAGAGAAUAAUUUAUGAUGCCAAGUCUACUGUAGGAGUAAGUAAUGUCCCAUCUCUGUUAGAUAAUGUCUAAACGUAUAUCAGAUAUAAAAUAGCUACAGUACCUGCCAAACAUCCAGCAUAUUAAGGUCCUCAGGUUACCCAUCCUAACAUCAAUAUCUAAUUUGAUCACAUGAUUUUGGGUGCUGGGUUCUGUAUUUUAAAGAAGUUUGUUACAAUAUAUCUGCCUUUUGAAACACACAUCUUGGCAUCAGGAAUCCAGACAUUUGGCAACCCAUAUGCUUUUGGCAAUUUCCCUUAAAAAUAGCUCAAAAACUUCCCUUUUUAAACAUUUAUUUUUAGAUUUCUGGCAAAACUUUAAAAAGCUCAUGAACUUUGGCUGAAAAAAAGCUCAAUAACUUUUCUGUCCGGAUUUUCACUUUUUGAAUACGCCAACCCUAGCUUAGACGGAGAGAUGGAUCACAGAAACCCUUUGAAAAUCAGCUUCCCUCUUUAAAGUGCUCUCCAUGGAGUCAAGCAAUAAUCCUUGUGUUGACUGCUGCCAUGAGUUUCCAAGACAGUGAUAGCUAUUCCCAGCAGCUGCAGGCGUUGCGUGUCAAGCCCCGAAACCCACCCCCAUGGAAAGACACAAAGGAGACAGAAUUUAGUUUAAAGGUUAAUGGGCAAAUUUAGGCUACAACUUUAUUGAGUACACAAGUGUGACUGGUAUUGGCUUAGGCAUUGGUAUCUAAUGACUAUAACUGGCUCCUGCCACCCAGCAGGUAGCCUGCAAAGCGUAAACUACCAGCAGAGGGAGCUCCAACAAUGGCUAUUGACUGGUGCUCACCUCUGGGGUUUCCGGGGGUUCUGGCAUGGCCCUAGCUCCUUCCCAGGCUUCGGCCGAGAUCCAAGCCCCCGGAUCCCUUUAACAGAAUACCCUAUCAAAUGGAGGGGCAGGUGAUGGCCACACCUCCCCUCCCCACAUUUCCCUAAACCAAUGCCUAACCACCAAACCUUACAAAGUUGUGACGAUUCUAAGAGGUAGGCAAAAACACAGCAGCCGCUGCCAAUCUGCCACAUUGGAAAAAAAUCCUACCCAGCCCCUGUUCAAAAACGGGAGUCCAAAGCAAGGUCUGACCCCGACCUAACAAGGGGUGGUGAGUGUUCGGCAGCGCAAAGCAAGAGGAGGUCCCCACAACGUGCUUCUGUUUAAAUACUCUACUCCCAAUCAGGCCACCACGCUGAUUGGCUAAAAGCCAGUGGCAAGAUCGUGGCACCACUGGCUGGAGCGGGGCAAAGCCCCUCCUCCAUGCCCGUUGGGGGGAGUCCUGGGGCUGUGCGCAACAUGGACCCUCGGUUAGGAGGAUCCAACUUGUAGAGAUAUACAAUAUGUACUACUGGUAAUCCAUGUGACAACUACUGCUAAAAGAAGCAGCAUUUGUUCAGAUCUUUAGCAGAUGCUUCAAGAACCCUUAAAACUCACUUGUCAACUGGUUCAGCUACCUCCUCUCUGUACUCACAGCACAUCUGGAACCUGAAUGAUGUUGUUGGCCUGCCAGAAACACAAACAGCCAACACAAGAACAAUAAGUUACAUAUAGGUCUGUGCACUUAUUUCCAUAAAGACAUAAAAUCUGUUUUGGGGGCAAAGACUGCAUAGAUGUACACAAAACUUAGUUUGUGGACUUGCCCUAAAAUAGAAUAACAAUUAUAAUGGCUUCAGGUCGGUAGCUGUGUUGGUCUGACGAAGUGUGCAUGCACACGAAAGCUUAUACCCAGAACAAUCUUAGUUGGUCUCUAAGGUGCUACUGGACAAUUUUUUAAUUAUAAUGGAGUUAAUUUGGUCUUAACUUGAUGAAUCAAAGAUGUUUGCGGGGAGAGUACAUCAGCUUAACACACUGUAAAUAUCAGAAGCUUUUAAAUGAAAGAUAAGUCCUGCAAAAUGCACACUCCUAUCCACAUCUGUGCAAAAGCUUGAGUCCCAUUGAGUUCAGUGGGACUUAGCCCCAGGUAAGUGUUUUAGCACUGUAGCUUUAGUAACAUUUGCUGCUUCUUAUCCACUUGAUAUACUAAAUGCCGACCUUCGAGAUUUUCACAACCGCCAACUUCAUUGGUUCAUAAACUCCCUUUAAAAUAAAGUCUUUAGGUGAGCGAUCUCCACUUGCCUGAUGUUUCCAGGAACUGCUAAGUACGUAAUUCCCACUGUGUUUUUCUGCAUUUUAUUUCCCUCUGACUUACUCUUUACAAACCCCCUUCCCCAAAACCAUGUGUAGAUAUACCUGCAGCUCAGGAAAACACUCCAUAUAUCUGAUGGACCGUAUUCCGUGAAAGCUUAUGCACUGAUAUAUUUGUCAGAUGUUGUCGAAUUGUCACUAACAGCUAACCAUUUCUCAACAGUCUGUUUUCAAGAGUUCCCCCCUUCUGGGCUGCUUUCUCUUUGGUCUACCACUGGGUGUCAUCAGCAUCAUGUGUUACGGAAUUUGUAUGGCUGACUCUGAUGGAAGAUCAGAUGAAGCGGAAGUAUCUAAGAAGGAAAGUACAGGGCGGGAACUGACUGAUGAAGGCACUGAGGAAGAACAAGAGGAAGAAAACAGUGAGAACCGUCUAGAAUUUCCAGGUGGCGAGCAAGAACAGAAAACUAUAUUUGAAAAGAAAAAAGACUAA